UGCAGAUAUCAUGUAGUAAGACUCGGUUGUGAGUGAUGAGGUUGGAGGAGAAACAUCUGGACGUGUGUGCGCUGAUGUUGGGCUGAAAGCAGAGCACCAGAUUCCUGCUGAAAGCUGAACUGAGGGAAGAAGAGGAGCAGCAUGUCCAAAGCCCUGAAGAGGAAGAAGCACUGGUCGGCCAAAGUGCACGAGUGCGCCGUGUCGUGGGGAGGCGCGGGCGAGUUCGGCUCCGUGGUCGAGCUGCUUGGAGGAGCUGAACAUGGCCUCUUCCCCUUCCUCGGACACAUGGACCUCGACGCGCUCGUGUGUCACGUUGGCUCGCUGCCGUACUACGGGGACGUGCUGCUGGAGGUGAACGGCACGCCCGUGAGUGGCCUCACCAACCGAGACACGCACGCCGUGAUCCGCCACUUCAGAGAGCCCAUCCGCAUAAAGACCGUCAAACCAGGCAAAGUGCUAAACACAGACUUGAGGCAUUACCUCAGCUUGCAGUUCCAGAAGGGUUCACUGGACCACAAAUUGCAGCAAGUCAUCCGGGACAACCUUUACCUGCGUACUAUACCAUGUACAACCCGCCUGCCCAGAGAGGGGGAGGUUCCUGGAGUGGACUACAACUUCAUCAGUGUAAGUGACUUCAGGAUCUUGGAGGAAAGUGGUUUACUCCUGGAGAGUGGAAUUUAUGACGGAAACUACUAUGGCACACCCAAACCCCCUGCAGAGCCUAACUUGGUUCAGCCUGAUCUGGUCGAUCAGGUGUUGUUUGAGGAAGAAUUUGGCACAGAAGUCCAACGCAAGCGCACCACCUCCGUCAGCAAGAUGGACCGCAAUGACAGUGUUGUCCCUGAGGAGGAGGACGAUGAGGAGCGGCCAGCGCUGCCAAACGGCCUUCCAGAGGGAAGUGAGGAGUGGAGGAGGCCGGUGCCCAGCUACACUCAGUCUAACAGCAGCAGCAGUGUCACUCGUGGAGGUGGCAGCAGCAGUAGCGAUCUUGUUCGCACCUGGAGUUCUCUCUCCAGAGACGACAGCCUUGAACCCCUACCAUACAACUGGGAGAUGGCCUACACUGAAACGGGCAUGGUCUACUUUAUUGAUCAUAACACAAAAUCUACCACAUGGCUGGACCCUCGUCUUGUCAAGAAAGCUAAACCACCUGAAAAGUGUGAGGAUGGAGAGCUUCCAUACGGCUGGGAGGAGAUUGAGGAUGCACAAUACGGCACAUACUAUGUUGAUCACAUAAACCAAAAAACCCAAUUUGAGAAUCCGGUUGUAGAAGCAAAGAAGAAACUCGCACAGGAGGCUGCAGCUGCAGCACAGAGCCAAAAGGGGGUAGCAUCUGCUCCAGGUGGUGAAGGGGGAACUCCAGGUUUCACUCGUGAUCCUACUCAGUUGAAGGGCGAGUUAUAUCAUACAGCUUUGAAAAAGAGCGCUCAGGGCUUUGGUUUCACCAUCAUUGGUGGAGACCGACCUGAUGAGUUCCUGCAGGUGAAGAAUGUCCUGGCAGAUGGACCUGCUGCACAAGACAAUAAGAUGGCCUCUGGUGAUGUAAUAGUGGAGAUCAAUGGCACACUGGUACUGGGUAAAACCCACAAUGACGUGGUGCAGAUGUUCCAGUGCAUCCCCAUCAGCCAGUAUGUAGAUAUGGUCCUUUGUCGUGGCUAUUCCUUGCCCCCAGAUGUGCAGGUGGACAAUGAAGACCUUCCCCCUCCUCCACCUCCUCCUCCCUUGGCUGGUGAAGUGGUAACAGCUGUACCCCUCAUCAAUGGGCAGCCGCUGCUAGUGAAGGGUGAUGCUUUACAUGCUUCCUCCCAGGAGCUCCAUUACCUCACUACCGAUGCCAGCGGACGUCCUAUUGUGGCAGCGCUACCCAGCAUUCCCACUGGUGCUGAUGAGAGGCCUGAUGGUGGAAUGCUGCAACCGGAGCUGGUCACUGUGCCCCUAGUGAAAGGCCCGGGCGGGUUUGGAUUUGCUAUUGCUGACAGUCCGCUGGGCCAGAAGGUGAAGAUGAUCCUGGACGCACAGUGGUGCCGUGGCCUGCUCAAGGGUGACGUCAUCAAGGAGAUCAACAGGCAGAAUGUGCAGGCAUUGAGCCAUGCACAGGUGGUGGACAUACUAAAGGAGCUGCCUGUGGGAAGUGAGGUCAACCUGCUAGUGCUGCGAGGAGGUCAGACUUCACCAGUAAAAAGUCUUAGACCUAGACAGGAAAUAAGUGCCAGUCUAGAGACUUUGGACCAGUGCCAUGAUGUUGGAGCCCCCCAAGCGCUCACUUAUUAUUCAAGCACGUUGCCCAGUAGCUCUCCAAGACGAGACAUCAUCCUCCGCCAGAGCAAGCCCAAAAGCACUGCACAGGAGUCUGGACAGAGAGCAGUGCCUCAGUAUAAAGAGCUGGAUGUGUUUAUAAAGAGAGAUCAAGAGAUGGGAUUUGGCUUCCGUGUGCUCGGAGGAGAAGGCCCUGAACAGCCAGUUUACAUAGGCGCCAUCAUUCAACAGGGAGCAGCAGAGAAAGAUGGCCGUCUACGGGCAGGGGAUGAGCUGAUGGCUAUCGAUGGCAUCAUGGUAAGGGGCAAAUCCCACAAGCAAGUGUUGGAUCUCAUGACCAAUGCAGCUCGCAAUGGACAGGUGCUGCUAACUGUGCGCCGAAAGGUCAUCUACAGGGAUGUGUCUGAUGAUGAUGGGGCACGGAACCUGGCUCCAGUUGUAAUGAAUGGUUCUCCAAAAACCCCACAUAUUCAUGUCCCAUGUGUCUUGGACCAUGAAAUAAUGGAUAUUACACUCCAUCGCAAAGAUAAUGAAGGCUUUGGCUUUGUCAUUCUCACUUCCAAAAACAAACCCCCACCUGGAGUGAUCCCUCAUAAGAUUGGUCGCAUCAUCGAGGGCAGUCCGGCUGAUAGAUGUGGUCUGUUAAGUGUGGGUGACCGUAUCUCUGCUGUUAAUGGCCGGUCCAUCAUCGAGCUUUCUCACAGCGACAUUGUGCAGCUUAUUAAAGAUGCCGGUAAUGCUGUCACACUCUCUGUAGUUCCUGAGGAUGAAUACAAAGGCCCUCCCUCGGCAGCCAGCUCAGCCAAACAGAGCCCAGCACUGCAGCACAGAACACUGAAAUCCAGCACACAGGAGGAUAGGUAUAAUCUAGAUCUGGAGGAGAUCAGAGAUGAGUUGGUCUGGGCUGAAUAUAAAAUGAUUACCGAUUGCGAAAAAGAAACACUGUGUGUCACAAGCUCCAAACAGGGUUGUAUUCUUGUUGAGUUGGAGCGUGGCCCACGUGGUUUUGGCUUCAGUCUGAGAGGAGGAACGGAGUAUAACAUGGGCCUCUACAUCCUGCGACUGGCUGAGGAUGGCCCUGCGCUUCAGGAUGGCAGGAUUCAGGUUGGAGAUCAGAUUGUAGAAAUCAAUGGCGAGCCUACGCAGGGUAUCAGUCACACCAGAGCCAUCGAACUUAUCCAGGCUGGAGGAAACAAAGUACUGCUACUCCUGAGACCUGGACAGGGGCUUGCGACUGACACCAGUGAGCCUCUCUCUCAUCACGCGCACACACAUACACACACACAAGCACACACUCAAAUACAGCACAUGCACUAGUACAGUCCCCUUCGAAACUAUUAGAAUAGCGAGGCCAAUUCAUUGUUUUUGCUGUAGACUGAGGACAUUUGGGUUUGAGAUUAAACAAAUGAAUAUGAGAAGAGAGUUCAGAAUUUCAGCUUUUACUUCCUGGUAUGUAUAUGCAGAUAUGAGAAAAGACAUAGAACAUAUCACAUUUUGUAUCACUAAUUGACCACCCAAUUUGAAAGUGAGCCAAAAUAUUGGAACAUCCAACAGACAGGUGUUUCUUGUUACCCAGGUGUGUCCUGUUAGAUUGUUUAAACAAUAAAUAGCUCUGAACAACAACUUUUGGUUUUAGCCUUCAGUUUCACCUGUGAAGGCUGAAGGGGCAGAUUUAUUUCUCUCCUUUCGCCGAGCCCCACACGAAUUUAUGGAGAUACUAGAGAUCCAGAUCCUUUCUGCCUCUGGAUGGAGCUCAAAUCUUCUCUAAUUCCAGACUGCUGGGACUACGGCUGCUCCUAAGGCCAUACAGACUUCAUAUAAAUCCAUAAUGAACUUUUUCACACUAACUGUUGUUACCCAGAUGAGGAUGGGUUCCCUUCUGAGUCGGGUUCCUCUCAAGGUUUCUUCCUCUUAAAACAUCUUAGGGAGUUUUUCCUUGCCACCGUCGCCACUCAGUGGCUUGCUCAGUUGGGAUAAAUUCACACCUUUAAUAUCUGUAU